AGCUUCAGUUGGCCAGUGAACAGCUGUAUACACCAGCAUCUACUGUGCGCCAGACUCAGAAGUCCGAGAUGGGGAUUUUAGGGUGAAUCUAACUUCUGAAUCAUUGAGAAUGAAAUCUGAUAGUGGCGGUAUAAGAGGAAUGAGGAUGAGACACAUCGGACAAGUGGCUUUUCAGAUGGAGUGAAACUUUAAUCCUGCGGUAUAGGAGCCAAUCAUGCAAGAGAGAGACAGACAAACAGACAGACCCCGACCCCCUUGGAAGCUGAAUGGCCUAUGCAAAGGCACUGAAAUCAAAGCAAACUGGGCAUGUGUGUGCAUGGGCUCUGGUAGAGGACUCAGGUCCAGAUAGUAAAGGGCUUCAGAAUGUGUGUGAAUUUUGUUGGAUUUUGUUCUCAGUGGGAUGGAAAACCAUUGGAAUUGUAAGCAGGCAAUUAACAUCACAAUGAGCAUUAAAAAUUUACAAUUUCUGUUUUCAUUGAUUUUUGUUAAGUUCUGGCCUAUUUCUGAACUUGCUUAGUUGUUGUAAUUGUUGAUUCUUUAUUUUUCUUAAUUUUUUAAUGUUUAUGAUUUGUUGGCUGAAAAUGGUUAAGGUUUGGUCUUUGCCCUUCAAUAUUUGAACUCUUAAGUUUCUUUUUCUUCUCUUGAGUAUUAGCCAGAACUCCCAAACCAUGUUGUUGGCAGACAUAGUUUUCCUUGUUCUUUUUUCCUCCUUUUAAUUAGUGCAUUAUAGUUAUACAUAAUAGGAGGGUUCAUUUUGUCAGAAUCGUACAUGAAUGGAAUUUGAUUUAUUCCAUUUCAGUUUCUGGUCCGCCCCCCCACACACACACCUUUUCCUUCCCUUCUUUAUCCUUGUUCUUGAUAUUAAAGGGAUUGAGUCUCUAUUUCUGUUUUAUCAUGCUUGCUAUUGGCUUACAAUUCUUAUCAAGUAAGGGAGGUCCCGUCUAUUUUCUGAGGUUCUCUUCCUUCAAUUAUAAGUUGAUAUUAACUUAUAUCAAGUACUUUUUUAUCUACUUAAGUAUGUGAUGUUUGUCCUUUAAUCCAUGAAUGCAUUUUAUUUCAUGGAUAGCUAUUCUUGUGUUGAAUAAUCCUUGCUUUCUAGAGAUAAAGCAAUUUUAUUUUAUUUAGUGUUUUUGCAUACAUGAUUACAAGCAGAACUGAUAAUAUAAUUGUUUUUUCUGGUUCUGGAAACUCUCAUCAGGUCAGAUUGGCCUCAGAAAGUGAGCCUUACCAUCCUUUUAAUUUUUAUUGUUUUGGAACAACUUGUGUAAGAUUAUCUAGUUCUUAAAUGAUUUGUAUUUAAAGAAGAUGCCUUUGUGUUGCAUGAUGAGUGCAAAAACCAUUUAGAAGACCAUUGCAAAAGAUGGGCUUGAGUAAAACAUGAUGCAGUGAAUGUGGUAUUCAGAGGUUCUGGAAGGUCUACAUUUGAGGGGUUUUUGAGGCAGAGAGCCGGCUGGGGUGGACCAAGUGCAUGAUUGAUUGUUUCUGCCGAGGACACAGGGGUACAAGGACAAGCACACUAUGCAUUGGCCCUCCUUGGCGCAGGACCUGGAGAAAGAGGAACUCAUGGGGAGGGGCAUAGAUAUAAAGCAUGGAGCAGAGGGUGAGUGAAUGGGAGGUGGCAUCUGCGCAAAGUGAUGAUGGGGAAGGACAUGGGGGAAGGCACAGCAUUGAGGUGGCAGUGAAUAAGAGGUUGCCUUUAGGUGCAGUGUUCUAAUGAGAGAUUUCCUCGUAGAAUCCAGAAAGUUUGCUUUUCUUGAAGAUUGAAGGCUGGACACAUGGGACCUGUAUAUACAAUACUGAGUUAGGGCUGGGUGAAGGUUGCCUGUCGCAGACAGUGGGACAAUGCACAAGGUUUCGUGAUGGUUCCUUCCUCCCAGCCCCAUUGUGAUCUUGACACCUCUAGAGAUAUGGAUGCUGCACGACAGGCAGAUGUCGCCCCUUGUUCUGUGGACCUAAUGGUGAUUUCCGGUGCACCUUGUUGAGGAUUGAGUCCUCAGCAGCUGGUGCAUGUAUGUGGAGGGGGUUCUGGGACACUGAUGGAACCCGGGGUCAGGGGUCACCCAGUCAAGGAGGGACAGUGGAGGCUGGGAAUUGGCAAGAAUGUUUGCCUGAUGGCCCUAGGACCUCUGCCCCAGGAAUGCAUGGCAGGGGCAGUCCUAAGUCUUGCUGCCUCUCAGUUGUCCAGGUGGAUGGUGAGAACUCUGCUGGGCAGACGGGGCUUUUCCUCUCAGCACUGUUGGGCCACAGCUCUGCCGUGCGGCUUCUCUUGGCCUUUGGCGCCAACCCCAACCAGUGAGUGGACAGGCCAAGAUGCCCCCACACUCCCAGGGUGCUGAGCCUGAAAGCCAGGACUCCUCUUCUCUCCCUUGGUGAUCCCCUGGUCCUCUGGGGUAGCCCUUUCUCAUCCCUGCUGCUUCCCACGUUCACAGUGGUCCUCCUCUCAGCCCCACAAAGACCCAAUGGCAUCCUAAAGUAACCCUUCCCAUUCUGGUACCACUUCCCUUGUUCACAGUGACGCCUCCAUCCCCCAGGGCCAUCUUCCUGCCACUUUUUGCCCCUGUUCCAUCCUUUCCUAAUCCAUUCCCACCCUUGUUCUUGAUGGCAGCACACCAGUGCAUGCGGGCGCCUUCUCAGGCUGUGGCCUGGUGAUGCUGCACCUGCUGCAGGCGGGGGGUGACCUGCGCCUGCAUGACCAGCAGGGUCGCACACCACGAGACUGGGCUGAGCAGGGGGGUGCCAAACCAAGCUGGGAGAUGCUGGAGCUGUUGCAGCUGUGUCAUGCCCAUAUGUCAGCACUACUGCAUGGUGCUGACCUGGCACCUACUACUUCCCUGGGUCAACUGCAGGCCAGCUCCAGGAAUAGCAUGUGUGGCUCCCUGUCCUCUCUGUGGCUGGUACAGACAGACAGAACACUGAAGCCAGAGCAGAUCAGGAGAUCCCCUCAAAUCCCAGCUUUGGGGUUUGGCCAGCUGAGCAGCCUGCAGCUGCUGGGGCUGGUCACAGGCAUACCCCUGGUGGACCCCAAGGAGCUGCUACCAGCCCAGGGCGAACCUGACCGCACCUACGAGAGCACUUCCCAUACCCUCAUGGUCAACCUCCUGUGGAGGAGCCACCCUGUGGCUGUGCGGCGGCUGAAGGUCCCAGGAGCCCACCCUGAUGUGCUGCUGGCUGACCUUCAGCACUGCAGCACCCUGCACCACCCCAACCUGCUGCUGCUGAUGGCACUGAGCCCCUCUGUGGACCUGUCGGGGCUGUGCCUCCUGUUUGAGCCCGUGUGGCUGGGCUCCCUGCACGUGGUGCUGCACUCACAGAGACCAAGUGAGGAGGGUCCCCAAACCGUGCCAGGCUUGCUGCCCGGCCACCUGCUGCUGCAGGUGUUGGAGGCCCUGCUGUUCCUGCAGGCCCGCUGGCGAGCCCACGGUGGACUCACCUCCCAUGCCGUGCAGCUGGUGCGGCCAGGCCUGGCUAAGGUGGGCAACCUGGAGCAUGGGCGCCCACUGCACCAAUGCCGGCUGCGACCCAGGCUGCAGCAGGGCUACCCUUGGGGGAACCAAGGGGUGCCCCCACCCCCUGAACUGUACCCAUGGCUGCCACUUGAGCUGAUCCACGGUGACAUGCCUGCCACCACCUCAGAUCUCUACAGUUUCUGCAUCCUGGCUCAGGAGGUUUUCACUGGAGAGCUGCCCUGGGCUGGGAGAGAGGGGCCUGAGGUGAAGGCUAAGCUGGAGGCAGGUGAGAGCCCAACUCUGGACCCCAUGGUGCCAGCCCCCUACCAGGCCCUGGUUCAGGCUGGGCUGGGCCUAGGGCCUGCUGACCGCUGGGGCAGCUUGCAGAGUACUCGAUACCUGCUGCGGGAGGCCAUGGCCCAGGACUCAUCCCCUGAGGUUGGUUCCACAUUGGAGUGGACCACACUGUCCCCUCUACUGCAGGGUUCUCCACCAGAGAAACUGUUCUAUGAGGUAGCUUCCAGAGUCAAGACCAGACCCAGGCCUGUGCCACCAGGCCCCGUCCCAUCCCAGGCCCUGGAGACUCCUGAGGCCACAGGCCACAGCAGAGUGCAGAGGAGUGCAACCUUGGACUCCGGCAGCAGCUUGACUCUCAGCAGCAGCCCCAGCUGCAGCCCUAGCCCCAGAGCCAGGGGCCGCCUGCACUGCUGUCUGGAACCUAGCUCCAUAGGCCCUGCCCUGCCCUCCAGCUUCCAGGAAUCGGCCUCCCUGCUGGGGACCCAGAGCUCUGAGGAGCAGUUUGAGAGGAAGUUCUCAGUCAAGAUUCAAGCCCUGCAGGGGCUGCUGCAGCACCCACACAGGGUUGCCCCGCUGGACCCCCGGCCCUGCCCGCUGGAGCUCCGUGACCCCCAGGGGCAGCUCAAGCCUUUUUCCCCUGCAGGCACCUGGCACUGAACUGAUCGCAGAAGGGCUCUCCUCCAGCCUGCAGCAGAUGGACCUUCUGGAGGAGAUCAUGGCAGAGCUGCAGAGUGGAUGCCAACUGGAAGACAAGCCCAGCCUCAGCCUCACCCCUGGCACAGAUUGCUAGGGCGCCAAUAGGGCGCCAAUGUCCUCUCCCUGAGGAUAUCACCCCCCUGCAGCCUUCCAGUAGAGACAAGAAAAUGAUAAAGCAACCCCCAACCCUA